AAACGCACACAAUAUAUGCAAAUAGUGUUUUGUUUGCCAGCUUUCUGACCCUCUGUGUUCCCCUCCUGCAGCGUAUAGGAGCCGAAAGUGUGGACGGAGAAACGGGAGUGUGCGAGCCAUUGAAGGCGGCCAGGGUGCCGGUGAGCCGCCCCCCCCCCCCCCCCCCAUCUGCUCAGUGCGUGGGCUGAGUUUUGAGGGGCUGGGCUUCGACGGAGGACCACAUGACGGGGUACAACAAGGAGAAGCAUUAUGAGUGCGACGUGUGUGGCAUGGCCUGUCAGUGCCCGAGCCAGCUGGAGAUCCACCGGCGUGUGCACACGGGAGAACGCCCCUUCGACUGCUCGGAGUGCGGCAAAAGCUUCACCCGCUACGGCCACCUGCUGCUGCACAACCGCGUGCACUCCGGUGAGAGGCCCUUCACCUGCUCAGACUGCGGUAAGAGCUUCAUCUGUUCCAACAAACUGCUGGUGCACCAGCGCACCCACGCCGGCGAGCGCCCCAACACCUCCGCCCAGUGCGGCAAGGGUUUCACUCAGUCCAGCAAUCUGUUGAAGCACCAGCGCACCCACACCAGUGAGCACCCCUACACCUGCGCCCAGUGCGGCAAGAGCUUUACCCGCUCUAACAGCCUGCUGGUGCACCAGCGCACCCACACUGGCGAGCGCCCCUACACCUGCGCCCAGUGCGGCAAGGGUUUCACUCAGUCCAGCAAUCUGUUGCAGCACCAGCGCACCCACACCGGCGAGCACCCCUACACCUGCCCCCAAUGUGGCAAGAGCUUCGCCCGCUCUAACAGCCUGCUGGUGCACCAGCGCACCCAUGCCGGCGAGCGCCCCUACACCUGCACCCAGUGCGGCAAGGGAUUCACCUACUCCCAUGACCUGCUGCGGCACCAUCGCACCCACACCGGCGAGCGCCCCUACACCUGCGGCCAGUGCGGCAAGGGCUUCACCUACUCCCAUCACCUGCUGCGGCACCAUCGCACGCACACCCGCGAGUGGCCCUACACCUGUGCCCAGUGCGGCAAGGGUUUCACUCAGUCCAGCAAUCUGUUGAAACACCAGCGCACCCACACCGGCGAGCGCCCCUACACCUGCGCCCAAUGUGGCAAGCGCUUCACCCGCUCCAACACCCUGCUGGUGCACCAGCGCACCCAUGCCGGCGAGUGCCCCUACACCUGUGCGCAGAGCGGCAAGGGCUUCACCCAGUUCGGCAACAUGCUGGUGCACCAGCGCACCCACACCGGCGAGCGCCCCUAUACCUGCGUCCAGUGCGGCAAGCACUUCACCCAAUCCCACAGCCUGCUGGUACACCAACGCAUCCACAACGGCGAGCGCCCCUACACCUGCCCCCAAUGUGGCAAGAGCUUCACCCGCUCCAGCAACCUGCUGGUGCACCAGCGCAUCCAUGCCGGUGAGCGCCCCUACACCUGCUCCCAGUGUGGCAAGGGCUUCACCCAGUUCGGCAACUUGCUGGUGCACCAGCGCACCCACACAGGCGAGCGCCCCUACACCUGCGCCCAGUGCGGCAAGGGCUUCGCCCACUCCCAUACCCUGCAGCGGCAUCAUCGCACCCACACCGGCGAGUGGCCCUACAUCUGCGCCCAGUGCGGCAAGGGUUUCACUCAGUCCGGCAACCUGUUGAAGCACCAGCGCACCCACACCGGCGAGCGCCCCUACACCUGCGCCCAGUGCGGCAAGAACUUCACCCAGUCCCACAGCCUGCUGGUGCACCAGCGCGCCCACACCGGCGAGCGCCCCUACACCUGCACCCAGUGCGGCAAGAGCUUCGCCCGCUCCCACAACCUGGUGGUUCACCAGCGCACCCAUGCCGCUGUGCGACCCUACACCUGUGCGCAGUGCGACAAGGGCUUCACCCAGUCCCACAGCCUGCUGGUGCACCAGCGCACCCACACCGGCGAGCGCCCCUACACCUGCGCCCAGUGCAGCAAGGGCUUCACCUACUCCCAUGACCUGCUGCGGCACAAACGCACCCACACCGGCGAGCGCCCCUACACCUGCGGCCAGUGCGGCAAGGGCUUCACCCACUCCCAUCACCUGCUGCGCCACCAUCGCAUCCACACCCGCGAGUGGCCCUACACCUGUACCCAGUGCGGCAAGGGUUUCACUCAGUCCAGCAAUCUGUUGAAACACCAGCGCACCCACACCGGCGAACACACCUACACCUGCGCCCAGUGUGGCAAGAGCUUCACCCGCUCCUACAACCUGCUGGUACACCAGCGCACCCACACCGGCGAGCGCCCCUACACCUGCACUCAGUGUGGCAAGAGCUUCACCCGCUCCAACAACCUGCUGGUGCACCAGCGCAUCCAUGCCGGCGAGCGCCCCUACACCUGCGCCCAGUGCGGCAGGGUUUCACUCAGUCCGGCAACCUGCUGGUGCACCAGUGCACCCACACCAGGGAGCGUCCCUACAUCUGCGCCCAGUGCGGCAAGGGGCUCACCCGCUCCACCUACCUGCUGUCCCACCAGCGGGUGCACACUGGUGACCAGCCCGGUGUGUGGAGAGCGAUUUGUUUGCCUGUCUCACCAGUGCGUGCACACCAGUGGCCAGCCCUACAACUUUACGUACUGCGGUGAGGCGCUUGACAGCUCGCGGGGGUUGCUUCAGCACCGGGGGGCCAACGCUGGCGAGCAGCUUCUUCCACUGUGUGAAGAGAGCACGGGGACUGCAGGAGCACCAGCGGAUACAUACCGGAGAGAGACCCUUUGAGUGCGCUGAGAGUGGCAAGGGUACCACCUGCAUGUCCAGCCUGUGGCAGCACCGGCGUACCCACAGCGGUGAGCGUACCUUCCCCUGCCCGUCCGGUGGUAAGGGCUUCACCCGCCUCGACGACCUGCUGGAGCAUCGACGAGUCCAUACCGGCCAGCACCCCUUCACCUGCCUGCUCUGUGCCAAGGCCUUUGCCCGCUCCUCAAGCCUGCUGGAUAGGCACUGUUCAGGUAGACACAAAAUGCUGGAUGGAAUGGGAAACAUUUCGGAACGUUUCUUCAGUUACCCUUUCCAUCUCUCCAGAGGUGCUGCCUGUCCCGCUGAGUUACUCCAGCACUUUGUGUCCUUUUUUGUAAACCAGCAUCUGCAUUUCCUUGGUUUUAACCAUUCUGUUCAACCAUCUCUGCACCUUCCCCAAAGUGUCCACAUCAGUCCUAUAGUGACUAGAACUGUAUGCAGUACUCCAAAUGCUACCUGACCAAUGUUCCUUAAAGCUGCACAAAUACAUUCCUCCCUCCCCUCUCCCUCCACUCUCUCCCCUCACUUGUACACAAAUUCUCUCCACUCCACUCUCUCAUACCCCCCUCCUCUCACACUCCCUCUCGCUCCCUGUCACACUCCUUCUCUCGCUCCCUGUCUCACACACCGACUCUCGCUUGCUCUAUCAGACACUCCCUGUCUCGCUCCCUGUCUCUCUCACUCCCUCUCUAGCUCCCUGACUCUCCCACACCCCCUCUCUCUGUCCCUCUCUCUCACACGCACACACACUCCCACUCGCUUUAUCUCAC